CGCGCGUGCGCGCGUCGUGCUCUCUUCCUCACGUUCCCCGCGCGCUGCGUCCCCUCCCCGCCGGGAGCGCGCGCCUCCAGUCUUCUCGCCGUUUCCUGCUCGGUCUCUCAGAGCUGCACACUCCUCGGAGCUCCUGCCACAGCCGUCGCCUUUGCGGCGGCUCUCCAUACCGGUGCCUCAGCCCCGGCGCUGCAUCACCGCGUCCCAGACCUCCUUCCCUCCCUCUGCCACUCCCCCUCCCUUUCCCGCCCUUCUUGCCCACCGGGCCGGCAAAGAGAGCCUGGAUACGAAGCAGGCGGGCUUGAGAAGGGGGUUGGAAAAAUGGAGGUACCGCGCCUGGAUCAUGCCCUCAACAGCCCCACCAGCCCCUGUGAGGAGGUGAUCAAAAACCUCAGCCUGGAGGCCAUUCAGCUGUGCGACCGGGACGGGAAUAAAUCACAAGACAGUGGCAUUGCAGAGAUGGAAGAACUGCCUGUACCACAUAACAUCAAAAUAAGCAAUAUUACCUGUGACUCAUUCAAGAUUUCAUGGGAAAUGGAUUCAAAAUCAAAGGAUCGCAUUACACACUAUUUCAUUGACCUCAAUAAGAAAGAGAACAAGAACUCCAAUAAAUUUAAACACAAGGAUGUUCCCACAAAAUUGGUGGCAAAAGCUGUUCCCUUGCCUAUGACUGUCCGUGGACACUGGUUUUUAAGCCCAAGAACUGAAUAUACAGUGGCAGUUCAGACUGCCUCAAAACAAGUCGAUGGUGAUUAUGUUGUGUCUGAAUGGAGUGAAAUUAUAGAAUUUUGCACUGCAGACUAUUCAAAAGUUCAUCUAACACAGUUGUUGGAGAAGGCUGAAGUGAUUGCAGGACGUAUGCUUAAGUUUUCUGUUUUUUAUCGUAAUCAGCACAAAGAAUAUUUUGACUAUGUUCGAGAACAUCAUGGGAAUGCUAUGCAGCCCUCUGUCAAGGAUAACAGUGGUAGCCACGGCUCUCCUAUUAGUGGAAAAUUAGAAGGCAUCUUCUUCAGCUGCAGCACUGAAUUCAAUACUGGAAAGCCACCCCAGGAUUCACCCUAUGGAAGAUACAGGUUUGAGAUUGCAGCAGAAAAACUUUUUAACCCCAAUACUAACUUAUACUUUGGGGACUUCUACUGUAUGUACACUGCUUAUCAUUAUGUGAUUCUUGUUAUUGCUCCUGUGGGAUCACCAGGAGAUGAAUUUUGUAAGCAGCGCCUUCCUCAACUAAAUUCUAAGGAUAAUAAAUUUUUGACCUGUACAGAAGAAGAUGGGGUGCUGGUUUACCACCAUGCCCAGGAUGUCAUUUUAGAAGUCAUUUACACUGAUCCUGUGGAUCUUUCUCUGGGCACCGUGGCAGAAAUCACUGGUCAUCAGCUCAUGAGUUUGUCUACUGCAAAUGCAAAGAAAGAUCCCAGCUGCAAAACCUGUAAUAUCAGUGUUGGACGUUAAUGCCCACUCUUCUUAUUCUUACUCAGCCCCUUUUCCUCCCUUAGUAGCAUUGGUCCUCUGUUGUCCAUUUUCAUCACCAGAUGUUUUCCACUGAAGCAUGCACAUGCCACUGUCGCCAAAAACGAACUACCACUUUCCAAAUUUCAUUCAGAGCCAUUUUAGUGUUUUCCUAUUCCCUACCCCUCCCACUACUUUCAACGGUGAAAUACCCUAAUUUCUCCUUCUGACACUUUAUUGCCUAGAUGCUGCAAUGUUUUUAUGUUUCCUUUAUGCCAAACAUAACAAAACAGUUAUAUAGACCGCUUUAGCAAAGUACAAAAUAAUGGCUUAUAAAUGGUGUUUAAAUAUACAUUCAUUUUAAUCUACUGAAUAAAUAUUGGAAUAACUCCAAACCGCAUGAAAGGGUGUAAUUGCAGCAUGAGUUAAAUCUUGAAGCCUAGAAUUGUCAGCAUUUCCAACUCCUUGUUUGACAGUGUUAUUUAUGUUAUUUAUAUUAGCUAACAGGAAACAACUACUGUGUUAUCAACAUAAUAAAUAUAAUAGAAAAAUAUUUUAUUUGUAUUGUUGUAUAAAAUAUUUACAAUCAUAUAGAAUAUAUAGAGUUACAUUUUAAUAGCAAUUGUAUACAUGUCAUGAAACCAUUUCCCUUAUCAAAGAUGUAAUUUGUAAACCUCAAAUAGUUGUGUAUCUGUCCUGUUACAAGUAGAUGACUUCAAUUAAACAAAUUUAUGAAGGACAUUAUUCUGAUUCAUAAAGUUAUAAAAUAUUAGGUAAAUACAGAGAAAACAAUAAGCCUCUGAAAUAGUCUGUUUCUGAAAUAGUCAAUAGUCUUCCCAUUCAAACUAUAAGAAAAUGUGAAUUUCUUCAACAUCAUACUUAAACAUUACAGAAAAAAGAAAUACAAACAAGGUUGGUACAUGAGAGAAAAUGUUGCCCUUUUACUUCCUUUUACAAAAAUGAAAAUAAUAAACAGGCCUUAAUAUAAAAUAACACAAAAUGAUAUGCACUAAAAUUGAUGAAGCAAAUAAAUAUUCUGGCUUCUUUUCCAAGGUGUCAGGGCAAACAGUUUCCAAAUCUUUCAUUUUGUACAGAAGGAAGAAUAACUUCAGCUCAUGAGAAAUUUUUUGACUUUACAAAGUAUAUGCCUUGCAACAUUAAGAAAAAUGUAUACUCCCAAUGAAAAAAUAGUUAUAUAUAAUCUUAUAGUAAACAAAAGGAUUAGCAGUAAUACUAUGGUCACAUUAGAUUAUAUACUGCAGACACAUAUCUAUCCAAAAUACCUAUUUUAAAUUUUAAUACAAUAUUUUAUUUUAAUAUAAACAUCUGUCAGUUAUAGACAAAGAAGAUAAUUCACAAAGUACAUGCUAUCAGAAUGAACUUUGGUAACCAGAAAUGUAAAAUUUCAAAUAACAGAUAAAAUAAUAUGUUAUUUUUAUAGAGAAAUAAAAAAAAUAGAAGUGACACAAUCUAGUUUGUUUUAGGGUACUGAGAGCCUCACAGACUUAAGGGACAAGAUAGUAAAUGUUUUAUCACUCAAAAUCCAUCAGAAGUUUCAAAUAAAUUACUUUCUUGCUAGCUGUAUUCUUUCCUACUUGAGAAGUAGAAUUUGUUUUCUUCCUCUUAUUGAUUUUUAAAAAUCAUGCUCUUUUCCAUACAUCAUGAACAAUCUUUGGAUACUAAAACUUCCCCUAACAAGUGUCCCAGCUAUGUUAUUUAGAUUUGAUGAACUAUUAGAAGUUUUUUAAAAUGCUUAUAUUGACUGUGAGUUUUCUGCUUGGCAUGGAGGACACUGAAUUGUUUCCCAAUUAUAUGGCUACCUGUUGUAUCCUUCCUUCCAUUUAAAUCCCUUCUCCUUGUAUGUAAUUAAACUUGCUAUUCCUUCUUAAAAACAGCUAAUACUACCACUAAAGUGCUUCCAUUAUCAUUGUGUCAGAACUACUUAGCAAGGGUGGCAGAGGAAAAUAAACUUGACUUUAUAUCAUGGGUGAAAGUGAUCAUAACAUUUCCUGAACCUCAAAUGGUUUUGGCCACAUCUUGCUUGCUGAUGAGGACCUCUAAUAGUCUCAGUUUGGCUUUUAUGUGCUUAUAUUCAUAAUACUCAUCUGCCAUUGGUAUCCUGUCUUCCUUUUGUGGACUUCUGCAAGAAAAAAAUACGUUUAUUACUUCACAAUGAAUCCAGUGAUUAAAUAUUCUUUUAUAAUUCAUAUAUGAAAAAGCAUACUGUAACAGCUUCUACUUGGUUUUUGCAUCAUAUCUUCUUUUACUUCCCUUUCACCUUCAUUCACUCCCCCUUCCAUGUGUUACUAAGUUUCUAAAUAACAGUAACCUUUGAAAACUUGAAUGACAUAAGUGUUUUGAAAAUCUGUGGUCCGGUGCGUAGACUUACAACAAUGGGGUAAGUGAAAAGAUCUAAGGAGAAAUAAACAAACAAAAACCA